AUGGCGGUGUCAGGCUCCUGUGGCUCCUGCUGGGCCUUUAGCUCUGCCGGGGCCCUUGAGGGACAGUUGGCCAAGCAGACCGGGCAGCUCGUUGACCUCAGUCCUCAGAACCUGGUGGACUGUGUUACAGAGAACGACGGCUAUGGAGGAGGCUACAUGACCAAUGCCUUCCAGUAUGUGAAUGAAAAUGGAGGCAUUGACUCUGAAGCGGCCUACCCAUAUGUUGGACAGGAUCAGACCUGCCGCUACAAUGCAUCAGGCAUGGCAGCCCAGUGCAAAGGCUACAAGGAGAUCCCAGUGGGUAAUGAGCGCGCGCUGGCUGUUGCACUCUACAAAGUUGGUCCAGUGUCUGUAGGCAUCGAUGCACAACAGAGCAGCUUCCAGUUCUACAAGCAUGGUGUUUACUAAGAUCCCAACUGUAACAAAGAUGACGUCAAUCAUGCCGUACUGGCAGUAGGCUAUGGAGUGAACACCAAGGGGAAGAAGUACUGGAUUGUCAAGAACAGCUGGGGUGAGGAAUGGGGCAACAAGGGAUACAUCCUGAUGGCAUGUAACCAUGGCAACCUCUGCGGCAUCACCAACCUCGCUAGCUACCCCAUCCUGUGA